UAUGUAGUGAAACACUGAAUAAUAUACAAGAGGACUAUUUAAGUUAAUUUCUGGAUUUUGUAAAAUAAUUAGAUUUUCUCACAUUUCUUAUGGUAGAUUUAACUACAGAAAUGCCUGACCAACUCACUGCUAUAAUAGAUGUCAAUGAACUGAAGGAACUACGAAAUUUAUAUCUUAAAGAAUGGCCAAAUAACUGUGUAGGUUAUUAUUGUUUAAACAACUUUAUAUCAUGGUUGGAACGCGAUCCAGAAAUAAAAAACCUACAUAUUUACACACUUAACAACGACUGGCGAAGUGAUGGCUUAUUUCUAGUUGUGGAUCGUUAUCAGCUUUUUGUAAACUCCUUGUAUGGCAAAAUGAAUAAUGAUUUAUUAACGGAAGCAAUAUCACUGCUGGACUGGAAACAUGGCUAUAAGGUUAGCUCUUUUUUAAAUAGACACCGACCUGCUGUACUCGACGUAGUGCAUUCUAAACAAUUAGAAUUGGAAUACGAUAGUUUAACCGUGAUGUAUUAUAUGCCUUGUGCCACAGCACUCCAGUUGGAUAUUAAUUGUCCACAAGGAUAUGUUCUACGAACUUUAUCGGUUGCAGAUGCUGAAACAAUUGACAACGUCUGGCCAAAUCAGCAUCAAGGCUCCCUAUUUCUGAUAAGGCGUUUAAUAUCUUGGAACGCAAAUAUGGGUGUUUAUGUAGAAGAAACGAAUGAAUUGGUGGCCUGGUGUUUAAGGUUACAAGGUGGAUUCUUGGGUGCUCUACAAGUAAAAGAUUCUCAUCAGCGUUUAGGUUUAGGUAGUCUUGUGACACGUGCCACAUCACGUCGCAUUGCAGAGUUAGGUGAUGACGUCAUGGCUUUAGUCGGUGAAAAAAAUGUACCAUCCCGAGCCACAUUUGAUAAACUCGGUUUUAAAGUAAUUGAUACUUGCCAUUGGUUAAGAUCUUUUCCCCUAGUGAAGGACUUUGAAUGGCCUAAUAAUGAAGGUAUCACAACGAUUGUAUGUGAUACUCUCGUCCCCAAAGAAUUGACGUAUAUCAAGAAAAUGGAUGAUAACUGCAAUCAACUAACAAAAAUUACAGAUAUUCAUGAACUGAAAAGAUUGCUUGAAUUAUACAAAGUGGAUUGGCCUAAACAUUGUGUGGGUUAUUAUUGUCUAGACAAUUAUAUAAAUUGGAUAACGAAAUAUGGAGAAAUAGAAAAUUUAAGCAUAUAUACACUGAACAAUGAUUGUCGCAAAGAUGGUUUAUUUUUAGUAGCAGAUCGUUAUCAAUUGUUCAUUAAUAAUCUUGAACAAGACAGUAACAAUCAGGUGAACGAAGCGCUUUCACUCUUGGAUUGGAGUUCCGGCUUUAAUGAGUGUCCGAUUUUAGAACGUUACUAUCCAACAAUUUUAGAUUUGAUUAAAUCAAAAAAUUUAAAAUUAACGUGUGAGGGUAUCAGUUCCAUAUUUCAUAUAUCACGUCAAAAAGCAUUGAACUUGGAUAUAAGUUGUCCACAGGGUUUUUAUUUAUCUGGUCUUACUUUGGAUGAUGCAAAGUUCGUCAAUGAUAACUGGAUAUAUAGACAUCAGGGUUCAUUAUUUCUUAUUGAGCGUUUGAUUGCAUGGAGUGUUAGUAUGGGCUUAUAUGCAGCAAAUACAAAAGAACUUAUAGCUUGGUGUUUGCGUUCUCAAUGCGGCUUCCUGACUAUGCUUCAUGUGAAGGAUGGGUAUAAAGGUUUGGGUUUUGGUAAAAUUGUAGUAAGCGCUGCUACACGUCAUUUUGCUGAAUUAGGUUACGAUACGUUAGCAAUAGCCCGGGAAACAAAUAUUCCAUCAUGUAAAUUGUUUGAAAAAUUAGAUUUUACAAUUGUGGAUAAAUGUUAUUGGCUGAAGCCAAUAGAACAACAUAAAAUCGAAUACAAUAUGUCGAAUAAGUUAAUUGAAAUACCACAAGAAGAAUGGCCAGUUUUACGCGAUUUAUAUAUAGACAAGAAGACGUAUUCAUGCUCAUAUUUUUUGAUAGAAAAUUAUAUUCAAUGCAAGCAAAAGAAACCAGAGGAAAAAGUGCGUAUAUUGUCACUAAACGGAGAUUGGCGGAGUGAUGGUACUUUCAUAUUAGAGCAUUGCUUAAUGACACCAAUUUAUAUUUUUGCUAACACGCUUUGUACAAAUAAUGAACGCCUUUUACAAGCACUUCAUUGUCUCGAUACUGAAAACCUUCUCCUAUUCUAUGGAGUUCAGGAACAUGUUAAGCCGACUUUAGACAAAUAUUUAAGAGAUCUCGAUAUUGAUUUAGAAACAUGUGAUUUCACCAAUUGCGUUUGGUACCAUCUUGACAAGGAGAAAGCAGAAGAGUUUUCACAGGAGGCUCCCAGUGGUAUUCAAUUAAUAAAACUAGAACAACGGCAUGCAGCAAAAGUGGACAGCGUUUGGCCACAUCGUAAUCCCGGCACUGUAGCUUUCGCGGAUUUCUUGAUAAGAAAUAAUGAUGGCGUGGGUGUAAUAAAUGAAACAGGCGAAUUAGUUGCUUGGUGUACACGUUCACCUUUGGGUGCAUUAGGUUUAUUACAAGUUAUGGACUCACAUAAACGUUUAGGUUUGGGUAGCCUAGUAGUGCGGAAAUUAUCACGUAUAUUGGCGAAGAAUAACAUAGAAAUUAUGGCACCAGUAGUAUUUGAAAAUGUGGCUUCACGUUCAAUGUUUGAGAAAUUAGGUUUCAAAGCCAUCGACAAUGUAUAUUGGGCCUUUAGACCUAUUAAAAAAAUUUAAA